GAACACAAGAUUUCACACCGACAGUGAUGACUGAAACUGAGAUAACUUGUCAGUGGAAUUCUUUUUACAAUUUAUUUGCACUAUAUCUACUAUACGGGAUAUUCUGCACCUUGACACUCGACAUCAUUAUUGCUUUAGAUCAUCUUUUGUGAAACUUCUAAUGAUGCAUGAGUCGUUAAGCCCCGGGCUUCCCCGCUUUCUGUUUCACUGAUCCGCUUCCGAGCUGCUCCGGCAACAGACAAAAGACAAGAUGAGAUCACUCAAGGAGCAUGUCUCCACAUAGACUGGAGAGGAACUGUUAUUGUUGUUAUGGUUAUGCUGACAGUGGUUGAUCGUGAUGGAUGUGAGAUGUCGGUUUCUCGUCACCGUCUGCUCUCUGCUGCUCCUCGCGCGCAGUGACGGCUCUCCGUUCACCGACUGUAUUCAGAGCAGAGGGAAAGCGGGCUUUUACGAGGGAUCCAUAGAGUCAACCGAGUCAGGCGUGAAAUGCAUUAACUGGAGCGAUGUGCCCGGUGUUAUAGAGCGGUAUCCGGGGAAAGGACUUGGGGAUCAUAGCUUCUGCCGAAACCCGGACGCGAGAAUUCGACCCUGGUGCUUCUUCACAAACAACCGGGGACGCAUUGACUGGGGCUACUGCGACUGCAAGCAAGGUUCUUUGCGACUGCAGGGAGGCAGAUCCAAGUUGGAAGGUACAGUAGAAGUGUAUCUGAAUGGUGUGUGGGGAACCAUCUGCAGUAACGGCUGGGAUGAGCGAGAUGCCACUGUGGUGUGUCGACAGCUGGGACAGAGCUAUAGAGCGCGUGCCCGUGUGAGUCCUCUGUCCCGUCUGGUGGUGUCUGUAGUUCACUGGCAGUCGGUGGGCUGUGAGGGACAGGAAGAGGAUCUUCUGCAGUGCAGUCGCACCGUCUGGAACAGAGGAGAGUGUGUUAACCAUCAGGCGGCUGCUGUCUCCUGCACGCCAGUAGAGGCUUCAGUGUUCAUCCCAGUUCGUCUGUCUGGUGGGCCGUCAGUGUAUGAGGGCAGAGUAGAGGUGUAUCAUGCAGGACAGUGGGGCACUGUGUGUGAUGACCAGUGGGACGAUAAUGAUGCUGAGGUGGUCUGCAGGCAGCUGGGGUUGGGGGGCAUUGCUAAGGCUUGGGUGGGAGCAUAUUUCGGUGCAGGCUCAGGGCAAGUAUUUUUGGAUGAAGUGAGCUGCACAGGAAAUGAGCUUUCCAUAGAGCAGUGUGCAAAAACCGCCUGGGGGGAGCACAACUGUGACCACACAGAGGAUGCUGGAGUGUCCUGUCUCCCGCUCACAGAUGGUGCGGUGCGUCUGGUUGGGGGUGUGAAGGGUUAUGAAGGGAGACUGGAGGUUCAUUACAGAGGUCAGUGGGGGACUGUUUGUGACACAGGCUGGACACAGACCAAUACGCAGGUCGUCUGCAGGCAGCUGGGCUUCAGAUCAGGGGAGAGUGUGUCAGCAGGGCGGUUCGGGGUGGCGGGGGGUCCCAUUCUCCUGGGUGAUGUCAGGUGUAUAGGAAAAGAGCCCACAGUCACACAGUGCAGCCGGAGGGGCUGGAUCAAACCUGACUGCACUCACAACCAAGACGUAGCCAUUGUCUGCAACUCCCAACGCUCCAGGCAUGGAGUGCCCACCAGUGUACCUGUGAGACUGGUGGGCGGAGAGAAUGAGAGAGAGGGGCGUGUCGAGAUCCUGGUGGGUGGCCAGUGGGGAACGGUUUGUGAUGACGGAUGGACGGAUCGGGAUGCAGAGGUGGUGUGCAGACAGCUGGGUUACAGUGGGCUGGCUAAAGCUCGUGUAAUGGCAUAUUUUGGAGAAGGUGAAGGCCCUAUUCACACAGAAAACAUAAAGUGCACAGGAGAGGAGCUUUCGCUGAUUGACUGUAUCAAACAACCAUUUGGGACACACAACUGUCGCCAUAGUGAAGAUGCCGGUGUUAUUUGUAACUAUGGAUUACAGAAGGAUUCUCCCGAGGUCAAAGAGGCAGUGGGCUCCAUGUGUGGUCUAAGACCCUCUCAAACCCGUCAGAAGAGAAUAAUAGGUGGGGAGAACUCGCUACGUGGGGGCUGGCCGUGGCAGGCAGCUGUGCGCUUGCGAGGGUCUCAGGCCGAUGGGCGAUUGGUUUGUGGAGCCACUUUGAUCAGCAGCUGCUGGAUGCUGACCUCUGCUCACUGCUUUAAGAGAUACGGUAACAGCUCUGGGCUGUAUAAGGUUCGUGUGGGUGAUUAUCACUCUUUGGUUCCUGAGGAGUAUGAGGAAGAGUAUGGCGUGGAGAAGAUCGUCCUUCACCCACGCUACCGCUCUGAAAGCAAUGAAUACGACCUGGCACUGGUGCGUGUGUCUGGCCACGGAGCUCACCGGGGUGUCCCGGGCUACUGCGUCACGCUGAGCCGCUCCGUGCUGCCCGCCUGCCUGCCAAUGAAGAGGGAAAAAGUGCCAAAGGGCAUUGCCAACUGCUUCAUCACAGGCUGGGGCGACACAGGUCGUGCAUAUUCAAGAACUCUCCAGCAAGCCUCGAUUUCCAUGUUGAGCAAGCGUCAGUGUGAGCAGCGCUAUUCAGACCAGUUCACCAGUCGCAUGCUAUGCGCUGGCUCCUCCCACAACAACCACCGCGUGGACAGCUGUCGUGGAGAUAGCGGCGGCCCGUUAGUGUGCGAGAGACCUAGCGGAAGUUGGGUUGUAUAUGGGGUCACAUCAUGGGGUCACGCAUGUCGACUACAAGACGCACCAGGAGUCUACACAAAAGUCUCAGCCUUCAUGCCCUGGAUCAGGAAGAUCAUUGGCAAGUAGGACUCUGAAAAAUCAACCUGUAACUGACAUUCUGUCUAUGAGGGCAGAAAAAAGAAGCACACUUUUAUAGUAAGAAGCCUUAGAGCUAAACAGAUUGGUUUUAGAUCGUUUUCUAGAUAAUAGUUAAAAACAUUUUCAUAACACCUAAGUCUUAAAUGGCAGAAAAUAAAAACUGGUUGUGCCCAUCAAAAUAGUGGCAAGUCAAUAGGUCUCAAAUUGGCAUUAUUCCACGUCUUUAUUCUUUUUCUUUCUUUGUCUUUUCUUAUGAAAGCACUUCUAGGUUGAAGAGACCACAACG